AUGGCAAUGAACAGAACAUUCAAUCCUCUCACCCACAGUCCAGUGAAGACACCAACCACACUCCCACAUCGCACAACCUUCGUUAGCCACGCCAGGACACCAAUCCUCUCACCCACAGCCCAGCCACGUCAUCAACCACGCUCUUACAGCGCACAGCCAUCGCCAGCCACGCCAGGACAUCAAUCCUCUCACCUCCAGCCCAGCCACGUCAUCAACCACGCUCUUACAGCGCACAGCCAUCGCCAGCCACGCCAGGCCAUCAACCCUCUCACCCACAGCCCAGCAACGUCAUCAACCACGCUCUUACAGCGCACAGCCAUCGCCAGCCACGCCAGGCCAUCAAUCCUCUCACCUCCAGCCCAGCCACGUCAUCAACCACGCUCUUACCGCGCACAGCCAUCGCCAGCCACGCCAGGCCAUCAACCCUCUCACCCACAGCCCAGCCACGUCAUCAACCACGCUCUUACAGCGCACAGCCAUCGCCAGCCACGCCAGGCCAUCAACCCUCUCACCAACAGCCCAGCCACGUCAUCAACCACGCUCUUACAGCGCACAGCCAUCGCCAGCCACGCCAGGCCAUCAACCCUCUCACCCACCGCCCAUGUGUAG